CCCUUGUCAGAAAACCCAUCACGUUCAAACUUCCUCUUAUGCUGUUUCCAACAUCAGCUUCUUGAUUUCUUUUCUUCGUUCAAAAACCAUCAUUCACUCUUUUUGGUCUUAAAUUUUGAAGCACAAAUCCACAUCAAAUCAAAUAAAACAAAAAAAUGAAUCUUUCAGCAUUCAAACUGCUGGCUCUCCUCUUUGGCUCGACCUUGGCCACCAUACCUACACCGCCAACUGUCUUAUCAGCACUUCCGCAGUCAACAAUUGAGCCCGCGCUUACUGCAAUAACUGCGGCACAAGCAACUCAAAGAGCAAUUUCUCCCGUUUCUGAUGUUGGUGGUGAGGUGUUUAGUAGAUUUGUUCAGAUAUGGCUCGAGAAUAUGGUAAGAUAAUAUGCUGAUUACUCGCAAACUUGGAUUUGCGCAACUAUAUUUUACUAUAGACUGAUAUGUUUGGUACAGGAUUAUAAGGAAGCUACCAAUGACCCUAAUUUCCGAUGGCUUGCUGCUCAAGGCAUAACACUCACCAACUACUGGGGAGUGACACAUCCAUCUCAGCCAAAUUAUUGUGCAGUUGUCGGGGGUGACACGUUCGGCAUGGAUGCAGAUGAAUUUGUUCAAAUUCCUGCCAACAUAUCCACUGUAGUAGAUUUACUUGACACCAAAGGUAUCUCUUGGGGCGAAUACCAAGAAGAUAUACCAUAUGCCGGCUUUGAAGGCUGGAACUUCUCGGCCACGGAUCCAUUCCAACAGGAUUAUGUACGCAAGCAUAACCCACUGGUGAUGUUUGAUUCAGUCACCAGCAACGCUACCAGACUUAGUUUGAUCAAGAGCUUCAAGUUGUUUGAAGAAGAUCUGGCGAACAAGACUCUGCCACAAUGGUCUUUUAUCACACCGAAUAUGACAAAUAAUGGCCAUGAUACCAACGACACGGUUGCCGGAAAUUGGUCUCGCAUGUUCCUUGAACCUUUGCUCACCAAUGAUUAUUUCAUGAACGAUACCCUAGUCGUACUCACUUGGGAUGAGAACAAUGAAGACGACGAGGAGAAUAAGAUGUUUGCUAUCCUUCUUGGUGGUGCCAUUCCACCUGCUUUUAAGAACACUACCGACAAUACUUUCUACAACCACUAUAGUAUGCUUUCAACCAUAGAGCUUAACUGGGGACUCCCUUCACUUGGUCGCUGGGAUUGUGGUGCAAAUGUCCUUGGGCUUGUUGCAAGCAAAGCGGGAUACGACAACUAUGCGGUCAAUACCACUAAGCUACUUUUCAACUCAUCCUAUCCAGGUCCUCUAUCAUCCGAGAGAUUCGAUCCCGUUUGGCCUUUGCCCGACACGAAAGCAAAUUGCGGUUCAGGUCAGGGUGUCUUGAAAAAGAUCGUUGAUGGAUGGGGCAAAUCCGAUGGCACAUACAAUGUUCGUAUUCGUUCACAGGUUUUGCUCUAUUCCAUAGCAAAAACUACCCAUCCAUCCCACACUCCAUCCACUGCUCCUCUUCUCCAAACACAUCUUCAACUUCCCAUUCUCAACCAACAUUUUUGCGCGGUAAUGACUUGCUAACUCUCUAACCUGCAACAGUAUACCGACUCAUAUCCAUACGAUAAUGUCAGUGGUGAUAAUACAGGAGGUGAAGCCAGUCCGGCAACCACGUCAAUUUUACCACCAGCCACAACUGUCGUACCUUCUCCACCUCUCCCUUCAAAGAAGUCAGAGGCUAUGGACUUGAAGUAUGGUGGAGGCAGCUCGGUGGCAUUGAUAAUGGGAUUUGUUUUUGUCCUGUUGAUGGGCUGAGAAUCUUGGGCGCCCGAAAGGCGAGCAACUGUAUCGAUAUGAGGAAUUUUUGGAACUCCUAUGAGUCGCAGGUUUUCUUAGGAUCAAAGCCCAAUUAUGCCUGCCUAUCAGGCAUCCACUCCUUGUUGGAAGCCAUAGUCUUUAGUUUUCUCCAAUACAUUCUCUAGUUCAACUGGCGGAUCGUUCGUGCUCCAUCCUUGUUGCAGAUUUCGACACCCAGGCGUCCGCAGCGUUAAUUGGCGAACUGUGAAAGCCCAUUUGAUUGUUAAAUCUGAAUGGGAACAUUGAAAAGCGCUAUUGGGCAUAGAUAGGUACACAGAGCUUGUGCUUGGUGAAACAGGCCACUUGGCUCUCUGGGGGCUGAUGCCAAUGCCUUAUUGUCUUGACUCUCGUUGUGCAACCUCUUCUAUCUCCUCUAUAAGAUCUGCAUCUUGACAUACUAGGUGUAUUCACACCCCAUGUUCCACAAGUACGUCGGUUCAGAUAGCAGACGAACCAAAAGCCUAAAGAAUGCUGCCGUGUUUCAGCUGCACAACAUGAUUAAUUCCUGCAUUUGAUAUUGUGCUGCUGUGCCUUCUUGUUGAUAGGUGUGGGUGGCCAUAAGUUCAUCACUGAGGAAAGCUCCAAGCUGAAAUGGUUGGUUUUGUUUGAUGGGAGUAAUGUGUACUGAUCAUGAUGAUCAGCCAAUCUCAGUCAAAUCACUGUUAUUACAUUACCCGUCAAACAUUAUACCACCCAUGCGGCAUCAUUGUGAUCAUACA